AAAAGAAGAAGACGAGGAAGAAGCAGCCUCAGCCUCGGUACAUCUGGAACAUCCCUAUCUGUGUCCUUUUUGUGCUUCUACUUCAGACUUUGAUGGGAUUUACAGACUGGGACGUGAAAGCUCGGCUCGUCCUGCACAAGAGAAGCCAAAGGUGGAUUUUAAGUGAAACCUGAAAGUUGUGUCUGAACAACGAUCACCUGAUUCCGGCAAACAUGGAUGGAAGACCCACCUGUGACCAGUGUGGAAAGACUUUCACCAGAGCAAGUUACCUAAAAAUCCACCAACGCAUCCACACUGGAGAAAAACCAUAUACCUGUGACCAGUGUGGGAAUGCUUUCACCACAGCAAGUAUACUAAAACAGCAUCAACGCAUCCACACUGGAGAAAAACCAUACACCUGUGACCAGUGUGGGAAUGCUUUCACCACAGCAAGUGAGCUAAAAAUCCACCAACGCAUCCACACUGGAGAAAGACCAUAUGGGUGUGACCAGUGUGGAAAUGCUUUCACCAGAGCAAGUGACCUAAAAAGCCACCAACGCAUCCACACUGGAGAAAAACCAUAUGAGUGUGACCAGUGUGGAAAUGCUUUCACCAGAGCAAGUUACCGAAAAAUCCAUCAACGCAUCCACACUGGAGAAAAACCAUAUACCUGUGACCAGUGUGGAAAGACUUUCACCAGAGCAAGUUACCUAAAAAUCCACCAACGCAUCCACACUGGAGAAAAACCAUAUACCUGUGACCAGUGUGAAAAUGCUUUCACCACAGCAAGUACACUAAAACGACAUCAACGCAUCCACACUGGAGAAAGACCAUAUGAGUGUGACCAGUGUGGAAAUGCUUUCACCACAGCAAGUAUACUAAAACAACAUCAACACGUCCACACUGGAGAAAAGCCAUAUGAGUGUGACCAGUGUGGAAAUGCCUUCACCACAGCAAGUACACUAAAAACACACCAACGCAUCCACACUGGAGAAAGACCAUAUGAGUGUGACCAGUGUAGAAAUGCUUUCACCACAGCAAGUUCCCUAAAAACACACCAACGCAUCCACACUGGAGAAAAACCAUAUGAGUGUGACCAGUGUGGAAAUGCUUUCACCACAGCAAGUGACCUAAAUAUCCACCAGCGCAUCCACACUGGAGAAAAACCAUAUGAGUGUGACCAGUGUGGGAAUGCUUUCACCAGAGCAAGUAACCUAAAAAUCCACCAGUGCAUCCACACUGGAGAAAAACCAUAUGAGUGUGACCAGUGUGGAAAUGCUUUCACCACAGCAAAUGUCCUAAGAAGACACCAACUCAUCCACACUGGAGAAAAACCAUAUGAGUGUGACCAGUGUGGAAAUGCUUUCACCAGAGAAAGUAAUCUAAAGAAACACCAACUCAUCCACACUGGAAAAAGACCAUAUGCCUGUGAGGAGUGUGGAAAGACUUUCACCAGAGCAAGUGACCUAAAAAUCCACCAACGCAUCCACACUGGAGAAAAACCAUAUGGCUGUAACCAGUGUGGGAAUUCUUUCACCGCAGCAAGUGCCCUAAAAAAACACCAACGCAUCCACACUGGAGAAAAACCGUAUCAGUGUGACCAGUGUGGAAAUGCUUUCACCACAGCAAGUUCCCUAAAAAUCCACCAACACAUUCACACUGGAGAAAAACCAUAUGAGUGUGAUCAAUGCGGAAAGAGUUUCACCCAGAUGAAUGGGCUGAAACAUCACCAACGCAUCCACACUGGAGAAAAACCACAUAACUGUGACCAGUGUGGGAAUCCUUUCACCACAGCAAGUUCCCUAAAAAUCCACCAACGUAUCCACACUGGAGAAAAACCAUAUGAGUGUGACCAGUGUGGAACUGCCUUCACCACAGGAAGUUCCCUAAAAAAACACCAACGCAUCCACACUGGAGAAAAACCAUAUGAGUGUGACCAGUGUGGAAAUGCUUUCACCACAGCAAGUGACCUAAAAAUCCACCAACGCAUCCACACUGGAGAAAGACCAUAUGACUGUGACCAGUGUGGAAAUGCUUUUACCACAGCAAGUUACCUAAAAAAACACCAACACAUCCACACUGGAAAAAGACCAUAUGCCUGUGCCCAAUGCGGAAAGAGUUUCACCCACAUGAAUGGGCUUAAACAUCACCAACGCAUCCACACUGGAGAAAAACCAUAUGCCUGUGCCCAAUGCGGAAAGAGUUUCACACACGGAAGUGACCUAAAAAUCCACCAACGCAUCCACACUGGAGAAAGACCAUAUGAGUGUGACCAGUGUGGAAAUGCUUUCACCAGAGCAAGUGAUCUAAAAAGCCACCAACACAUCCAUACUGCAGAAAAACCAUAUGAGUGUGACCAGUGUGGAAAUGCUUUCACCAGAGCAAGUGAUCUAAAAAGCCACCAACACAUCCACACUGGAGAAAAACCAUAUGAGUGUGACCAGUGUGGAAAUGCUUUCACCAGAGCAAGUAACCUAAAAAGUCACCAACGCAUCCACACUGGAGAAAAACCAUAUACCUGUGACCAGUGUGGAAAUGCUUUCAUCACAGCAAGUAAACUAAAACGACAUCAACGCAUCCACACUGGAGAAAAACCAUAUGAGUGUGACCAGUGUGGAAAGGCUUUCAACACAGCAAGUAUACUAAAACAACAUCAACACAGCCACACUGGAGAAAAACCAUAUGAGUGUGACCAGUGUGGAAAUGCUUUCACCACAGCAAGUUCCCUAAAAAAACACCAACGCAUCCACACUGGAGAAAGACCAUAUGAGUGUGACCAGUGUGGAAAUGCUUUCACCAGAGCAAGUUCCCUUAAAACACACCAACGCAUCCACACUGGAGAAAAACCAUAUGAGUGUGACCAGUGUGGAAAUGCUUUCACCACAGCAAGUGACCUAAAUAUCCACCAGCGCAUCCACACUGGAGAAAAACCAUAUGAGUGUGACCAGUGUGGGAAUGCUUUCACCAGAGCGAGUAACCUAAAAAUCCACCAGUGCAUCCACACUGGAGAAAAACCAUAUGAGUGUGACCAGUGCGGAAAUGCUUUCACCACAGCGAGUAACCUAAAAAUCCACCAACGCAUCCACACUGGAGAAAAACCAUAUGAGUGUGACCAGUGCGGAAAUGCUUUCACCACAGCGAGUAACCUAAAAAUCCACCAGUGCAUCCACACUGGAGAAAAACCAUAUGAGUGUGACCAGUGCGGAAAUGCUUUCACCACAGCGAGUAACCUAAAAAUCCACCAACGCAUCCACACUGGAGAAAAACCAUAUGAGUGUGACCAGUGCGGAAAUGCUUUCACCACAGCGAGUAACCUAAAAAUCCACCAACGCAUCCACACUGGAGAAAAACCAUAUGAGUGUGACCAGUGUGGAAAUGCUUUCACCACAGCAAGUAACCUAAAAAGACACCAAAGCACCCACAAUGGAGAAAAACCAUAUGCCUGUGCCCAAUGCGGAAAUGCUUUCACCACAGCAAGUGACUUAAAAAUCCACCAACGCAUCCACACUGGAGAAAAACCAUAUGAGUGUGACCAGUGCGGAAAUGCUUUCACCACAGCAAGUAACCUAAAAAAACACCAACACAUCCACACUGGAGAAAAACCAUAUGCCUGUGCCCAAUGCGGAAAGCGUUUCACCCAAAUGAAUGGGCUUAAACAUCACCAACAUCACACUGGAGAAAAACCAUAUAACUGUGACCAGUGUGGGAAGUUUUUCACCAAAGCUAAUCAUCUAAAAAUCCACCAACGGACCCACAAUGGAGAGAGACCCAAGUCCAUCCCAUAAUUUCAGACCCACAACCCAAAUCCAUCUACACUUCACAUCUGUCCUCACUUUAGUCCAGUCAGAGAUAUAAAAACUUCUAAAAUUAUAAUUACUCUGUCUUAAUUUAAAGAAAUCUUGAAUGCUAUUUUUAACAAUAUUAUUUUUUGUUAUAGAAAUCAUAUACAAUAUCCUGCAAUUUUAAGGGUUUCAAGUGGAAUAAAUCAAUUAUUAGUUACUUCAAAAUAGGGCUGCACGAUUCUGGCAAAAAUGUGAAUACCGAUUCUUUUGCUUAGAAUUGAUAUCACGGUUCUCUGGCACAAUUUUUUUCACAAAAUAUUUAUUCUACUGUUGUCAAGGAAAAUGGGU